AGGCAUGUCCCUGACAACCCGUUUUGGCACUGCUUUUCAGUCAGUGAGCUCUAACGCAUGCAAACAUCAAUGCGCCACCGGACAGCGUCUAUCUCCAUGAUUAUUCUUGGAGCAGAGUGGGAGCGCAUCACCUCUCACUCCCACGAUGCUGCUGCCCACUCUCCACCCCCGCCAAGACGCCCGUCUCCUAAACUCGUAGUCGCGGGAGACUUGGGGGGAGGGGAUUCAAAAUGAAUACAGAGCAGUUCCAGUUUGGAAUACCUGCUUAGCAUUUAAACCAAUAAAUCUGGACAGAGGUAGAUCAAAACUGUUGGCCAAUGGAAUACAGAAAAGCGCACAAAAGGCAAGGCAGAUCUUCUAACAAGUGUGCUCUGAAUGCUGCUUGUUUGUCCGUUCGUAGAGGUUUCACAAAUAUGAAGAGGAAGCAAAUACAAGAGGCCCAUCCUGACAGGCUAUCUGAUGGCGUAAUCAGAGAAGAAUUACCACAGCAGCCCUGUUGAUCCACAUGCAGUAGCUCCAUGUGAGAUUGCCCAACCUCGGCAGACUGUAAACCUUCAAACUGAUGGUCAACAUCAUCAGCAUUCUGCUGAGGACAGUACCAGACUCCUUGACUGUCAGAGCAGAGUUGAGAUGCCUAAAGUCAACAGCAUACUUAUGCAGGUCAUCUAGUAUCUCGCUCAGAAUGCCAAACGAGUGUUGAAGGACCUUCCAGGUUAUAAGAAGCCACUGAGAACAGAGAGAGAGAGACCGGGGAGGCACAAUGGGCGACGGAGGAUCUUUGCAUAUAGAGGGUAAUGCCUUGCUCAAGGCUGUGUUCCAAGGCAAAAUGAGAUUGACUCGUCUGCUGCUGGAGGGUGGAGCCUACAUCAACGAGGGUAACGAGCGAGGAGAGACGCCGAUCGUCGCUGCCUGCUUGGCCAGCUUUGACGAUUCUCAGACUCGGCAAAAGAUGGUCCGCUAUCUCCUCGAGAAGGGGGCUGACCCAAACAUCCCAGACAAAUGCGGUCGGACUGCUCUGAUGCACGCAUGUGCGGGGCAGGCAGGUAAGGAGGUGGUUUCCUUGCUCUUGGAGAACGGAGCGGACCCAAGCCUCAAAGACUACUCGGGUUCGUCCGCUUUGGUUCAUGCCAUCAACAAAGGUGAGAGAGACACCCUGCAGAUCCUGCUUGAUGCCUGCAAGGCCAAAGGCAAAGAGGUCAUUAUUAUCACCACUGACACCUCGCCCUCAGGCACCAAGAAAACAAAACAGUACCUCAACUCGCCCCCUUCGCCGGGAGUCGUGGACAACCACUCCCCUGUCCCCUGCUUGUCUCCGUCUGAGGUGGAGAUCCGCACUGCAAACUCACCCUCGGUGGGGGAGCAGGAAGGUAUCUUCAGCUUUGCACUAACCUCAGCUUUGCCACUGCCUUCCAAUCGCCCCCCCGGUGAAAAGAGACCCCCUCCACGCAAACUUCUGAAGAGACUCAACUCAGAGCCCUGGGGGCUAGUGGCCCCCUCAGUGCUCAGUGGCGCCCCCCAGGAGAAAGUCGAGGGAGAACUACUGGAGGAGGAAAAGGUGAUCACAGCGAUGAAUGGUCUGUCAAUCUCUGGUCCAGGUAGACCCCUUUUGUCUCGGAGACACAGUGUUGAGACUCACGAUCCCUGCUUGACAAAGCUGAUCGAUCGCUCUUGCUCGGAAGACUGCGCCACCCUCUGCGGCUCGUCCUGGGCAGAUAAAGUCCAGCAGCACCAGAUACUGUACCGGAGGAACACUGCCCCGGAGUCUCAGGAGGCUGCGCUUCCUGUCCCAGUGGCCCUUCGUGGGCUGACACACCCUAAACUCAUGCGCAUGGAUCACUAUGAAUCUGACACGCAUUUGUGUCCAGAGUCCAUCCCGGGUUCGCCAGACUCCGGGCGAAUGUCCGUGGAACGGCGCAAAUACAACGCCUCGCCACUGUCCCUGUUGGCUACCUCCAGGGAGUCACUGGAGAGCAUUCCUAACUCUGUGUCUCCGAUAACCAUGCGACGCCGCCACCCAGGGCUCCUGGAGCGCAGGGGCUCCGGCACCCACCUCCUGGAUCACAUAUCCCAGACCCGGCCUGGCUUUCUGCCCCCUCUAAAUGUGAAUCCCCAGCGCCCGAUUCCCGACAUCCGCACAAAUGGCAAGGCCACCUCCCCUGUCCACUCAGGUAGCAAGAUCCUGUUGCCCGUGGCGCCAUCCUCGCCGAAACGAGGCCAUGAAUUUAAGGUAAAGAAGAAGCUGAUGAGAAGGCACUCCAUGCAGACUGAACAAAUGAAACAGCUCUCGACCUUCCAAGAGAUUCUGGCAGAGAAGGUGACUGAGUUUAGUGGGGACUAACACAUAUAUCAUGAGCAGUUUCUGGAAGUAGAGUGGAGAUAAGAUCAUCGUUUUUUUUUUUUUGUAUUUUACUUAACCACAACCACAAACACUCUGUGUAAACUCUCUUAAUCACAGAGCAGAAUGUUUACAAAAGAAGUAUGUGCAAUCCAAAGUGAUAAUAUGUAUGUAAGUCUUUAAAACUAGUCAAGGACAGCAUGUUUACUGAGAGUCACCAGCUCUCUUCAGCCCCAGAUUCCCACUUCCCUCACCGGCACCAGUGGGGAAGACAGGGAAUAUGUCUCCUUUGUUGACUUGGUGUUUACAUGUUAUUUAACAACCUGAGAAGUAGAUCCAUGAAUUAAAUCUAUGAAAAAUGGAUUGCAUAGGUGUACAGUGUCAAACUGAAAAUUGAAGUGCAAUUUUAAAAAUGAAAAACUAAACUAAUUCCAAAGAAAUCCUGUCAUCUCUGUUUACAAGAAAGGCUCAAUUCUAGGAGAGUACCCCCCCCCCCCCAAAAAAAACAAAAAAAAACAAUGCACAGUGAUGCAGUACCUUUCAACAAAAGAGCGUAUAGCACCGAGAUACUGUAAAUAUUGUACAGAAUAGCAAAUUGUUUCGUGUUUUAAAAAUUAACAUGUUCGUGCAAUAUGCUGUACUGCAAAGUCAAUGAUUUCAUAACUAGUAGAUGUUAAAUGAUCAUUUCAAACUUGCGGUGAAAAAGCAAUCUGAGGUUUUCAUAUAGCCAGACAAGUUUUGUAUUUGUAAACUUAGGCAAGAAAAAGAAGUCAUAGAAGUCACAAACCCCCCAGGUUUUAUUAGUCACAAAAUGUUCAAUAUUAAAUAGUAACCAUGAGAUGAGAGUGGCUGAUAAUAAAUUGUGCACUGUCUGCACGCAUGGAUGGAUGGAUGACUGUAUUUAUGUUUGAAUGUAUGUAUGCAUGUCUGUGCGUGCAUGUAUGUGUGUGCAUAAACGCACAGUCUGUAUGUGUGUAUUACAUGAGCUAAGAAGUUUGCCUUAGUGUCAGCCAAUUCAUGAUUAUUAAUAAGUCAAAGGAGAGGGAAUUUGAGGUUACCUUAAUUUGGAUGGCCAUUUUAGAUAAUUUACUGUCAAAUCACCUAAUUAACAUAUGAACUAUACAGUGCAUUCAGAACCCCUCACUUAUUUCACAUUUUGUUAUGUUGCAGCCUUAUGCUUAAAUCGUUUGUAUUCAUUUUUUAUAUUGAUUUUUUUAAAAUAAAUUUGCACAAAUGUCUAGAACCCUGUUUUUGCUUUGUCCUUAUGGUGUAUUGAGUGUAGAUUGAUGAGGUACAAAAUGAAUUUAAAUGUUUUUAGCAUAAGACUGCAACAGAACAUGUAAAAAAAGUGAAGGGGUCUGAAUACUUUCUGAAUGCACUGUAUAUGCCUAAUGCCUGCCACCUAGUCCUAGAUCUCAACGACCUGCCAUCUAACCAUUCGGGACCCUAAGGCCAGCCCCUUCCUCACACAAACUGUAUCCUUUAUCUUAUAUAUCUAGCACCUUAACCUAACUCUAAGCUUCAUAAUCACUGAAAUGUUUGUAGAUGUAAAACAAGCUAUCCAAAUCAAGUGGAAACAAGAUUUAUUCAAGACCAUCUUUCACUUACUGGUUAUUAAUGACUUCUAUUAAUGACUUUUAGAACAAUCAUAAUAAAAUGGCACUAAAAAGCUUGAAAUAUUUUUCAUACACAGACACAUUUGGAGCCGAUUUAAAACAGAAUCUCUGAGCUUACAGUAUGGUUGAUCAUCUUGCUGUUGUCACCUCUGUGGAAAUACUUCUACCUAUGUGAGUAAUUAAAGAAUAUUUUGAACAUAA